GGCUGCUGGGCUGCUGGCUGCUGUGCUGCGCCCCCGCCGCCGCCCUCCAGCUGCCGCCCUGCCAAGAGACAGAUUACCACUUCGAGUACACAGAGUGCGACAGCAGUGGCUCCAGAUGGAGGGUGGCUGUCCCGAAUCCGUCAGUGGAAUGCUCUGGAUUACCCGACCCCGUGAAAGGGAAGGAAUGCACAUUUUCCUGUGCUUCUGGUGAGUACCUGGAGAUGAAGAACCAGGUGUGCAGCAAAUGUGCAGAGGGGACCUAUUCUCUGGGCAGCGGGAUCAAGUUUGAUGAGUGGGAUGAGCUGCCAGCAGGAUUCUCCAACGUGGCAACAUUUAUGGACACAGCUGUUGGCUCUUCUGAGAAUAAAGCAGAUAGCUGCAACAACUCUUCGUGGACUCCUCGAGGGAAUUACAUAGAGUCGAACAGAGAUGAUUGUACGGUUUCUCUCAUCUACGCGGUGCACCUGAAGAAAUCUGGUUCUGUCUUCUUUGAAUACCAGUAUAUCGACAAUAACAUCUUCUUUGAAUUUUUUAUACAAAAUGACCAGUGCAAAGAGAUGGAGUCCACAGCAGACAAGUGGGUGAAGCUAACGGACAAUGGGGAAUGGGGCUCUCAUUCUGUGACUUUGAAAUCAGGUAGUAAUAUAUUAUAUUGGAGAACGACAGGGAUUCUCAUGGGGUCUAAAGUGGUAAAACCAGUUCUGGUGAAAAACAUCACAAUUGAAGGAGUUGCAUACACAUCUGAAUGCUUCCCGUGCAAACCUGGUACUUUUAGUGACAAGCCAGGUUCAUCCAGCUGUCAAGUGUGUCCAAGAAAUACUUAUUCUGAGAAAGGAGCUAAAGAGUGCACCAAGUGUAAAGAAGAAAACUAUUAUGCAGAUGAGGGAUCCAGUGAGUGUACAGAGCGUCCUCCGUGUACAAACAAAGACUUCUUCCAGAUCCAUACCCCGUGUGAUAAGGAAGGAAAAACUCAGAUCAUGUACAAAUGGAUAGAGCCCAAGAUCUGCAGAGAGGAUCUUCCUGAUGCAUUGACCCUACCACCAUCUGGAGAGAGGAAGGAUUGUCCACCCUGCAAUCCUGGCUUUUACAACAACGCCUCAUCUUCCUGCACUCCUUGUCCACAGGGCACAUUUUCAGAUGGGACACAGGAGUGCAAAGCGUGCCCUGCUGGGACUGAGCCAGCUCUUGGGUUUGAGUAUAAGUGGUGGAACAUUCUGCCAGGCAACAUGAAGACCUCUUGCUUUAAUGUCGGCAAUUCCAAGUGUGAUGGGAUGAAUGGUUGGGAGGUGGCUGGCGACCAUAUCCAGAGUGGAACAGGUGGCUCUGACAAUGACUAUCUUAUCUUGAACCUGCACAUUCCAGGAUUUAAACCUCCAACAUCAAUGACAGGAGCAACUGGGUCAGAACUAGGACGAAUUACUUUUAUUUUUGAGACCAUCUGUUCAGCAGAUUGUGUGCUGUACUUUAUGGCGGAUGUUAAUCGAAAAAAUACCAAUGUGGUGGAAUCAUGGGAGAGAAGUAAAGAGAAGCAAUCCUACACUCACAUCAUCUCCAAAAAUGCCUCCUUCACUUUCACCUGGGCCUUCCAGAGAAUAAACGAGGGCCAAGAUAGCAGGCAGUUCAUCAAUGACGUGGCCAAGAUCUACUCCAUAACAGUGACUAACGCAGUGGAUGGAGUUGCCUCUUCUUGCCGGGCCUGUGCACUGGGCUCUGAGCAGUCCGGCUCGUCCUGCGUGCCCUGCCCAGCAGGACACUACAUUGAGAAGGAGACCAGCCAGUGUAAGGAGUGUCCAGCCAACACCUUCCUGUCCAUCCACCAGGUCUACGGCAGAGAGGCCUGUAUCCCCUGUGGGCCCGGCAGUAAAAGCACCAAGGACCAUUCUGCCUGCUUCAGUGAUUGCUUGGUGUCAUACGUCAAGGACAACCAGAGUCUGAAUUACGAUUUUAGCAACCUCAGCCAGGUGGGCUCAUUAAUGAGUGGGCCCAGCUUUACCUCCCGAGGGACGAAGUUCUUUCACUUCUUUAACAUCAGCCUGUGUGGGAAUGAGGGGAAAAAGAUGGCUAUUUGCACUGACAAUAUCACAGAUGUUACUCUGAAGGACAUGGUUGCAGAAUCAGAAGAUUUUUCCAACUUUGUGGGAGCUUUUGUCUGCCAGUCCACCAUCAUCCCCUCGGACAGCAAGGGUUUCCGAACAGCCCUGGCUCUGCAGUCCAACAGUCUUGCCGACAGGUUCUUAGGAGCUACUGUUGAAACAAUGCUGGAAAAUAUCAGCAUCAAGACAGAUAUAUUUCCUCCUUCUCCAAGCAAAAUACCUGAUGUGCAUUUCUUUUACAAGUCUUCAACAGUGACAACCUCCUGUGAAAAUGGCCGUGCAACUGUUGUGACAAUGCGAUGCAACCCCAACAAACCAGAUCAAGGAGAGCUUUCUGUGCCCAGCUUAUGCCCCGCUGGCACCUGUGAUGGAUGCACUUUCUACUUUGUGUGGGAAAGCGCAGAGGCUUGCCCUCUCUGCACGGAGCAAGACUACCAUGAGAUUGAGGGAGCCUGCAAGAAAGGAUUUCAGGAAACCUUGUAUGUAUGGAAUGAGCCAAAGCAGUGCAUUAAAGGGGUUCCUUUGCCAGAGAAAAGGACAAGCACUUGUGAAACAGUAGAUUUUUGGCUAAAAGUUGGAGCUGGUGUUGGUGCUUUCACAGCAGUUCUGCUCAUAGCCUUGACCUGCUAUUUUUGGAAGAAGAACCAAAAGCUAGAGUAUAAAUAUUCCAAAUUAGUGAUGACAGCGAACUCAAAAGAGUGUGAGCUGCCGGCUGCUGACAGCUGUGCUAUAAUGGAAGGAGAAGAUAAUGAAGAAGAAAUAGUAUACUCAAAUAAGCAGUCACUGCUGGGGAAGCUCAAGUCCUUGGCAACAAAAGAAAAAGAAGAUCACUUUGAAUCUGUUCAGCUGAAAUCUUCAAGAUCCCAGAAUAUAUGAAGAAUUAAUGCUGCCUUCAAAGAAACAAACCUGAUUUCUAUUUUUACAGGACCGUAUUUUAAACAUAUUCUGGCACACAUUGUAAUGGUGGUCUCAGUGAGAAAUACUCAGCCAUUUGGGAGGAAAGAAGACAGGAAGCAAAUGGGAAAAUUGGAUUGCCUUAUCAUGUGAUUGAGUACCUUGCCAAAAAAAAAAAAAAAAAAAAAAAAAAAAGCAAAUGCUUGGAUUCCAUACUGGGAAUGAAAAUCAACUCAGGAAGAGAUAUACAUACUGCAAAUAACAUGAAUUUUUGCAUUCACCUUGGCAUUGCUCUGGCAUACCAUAUGAUUUAUAGGUACCUUUCAUUUCCUAUCACCCCUUCUAUGCAUAUUCAUAAGAUAUGAGUUUGAGAUAGGCCGAAAGCUCCUGCAAAGGUUGUGCAUUGUCCUUUAGUAGCUUAACUGUGAUUCUCUCUUAAAAUCAAAUUGGUGAAUGGUACUUGGAUGAGCCUCAGGAGAGUUUUGGACUUUGGAGAACGUUUGUGCUCUGAAGGACUAGAUGGUCUGUAUUGGUCUUUAAUGCAAAAGGCAUGGUUUUGAAUCUGCAAGUUGAACCUGUUUGGAUGCCUAAGUCAUGACCAUCAGGGUUGAGGUACAAGCUGCUGCUAUUGAAUUAAAAAUGUGUGAGAUGUAGGACUGGGUCCAUGAGUUUAUAGGUAGAGGCAGGCUCAAAUCCUGUAAAGAGUAGGGAGGUGAUACCUAUAGUGCAAGCUGCACCUUUACUUCUCUGUGGAAGCUUGCCUUUUGACAAGCUGUUGAUAGAAGUUAAAGUACCCUCCCUUGGGCUAUAGCUACAUUACCUUCCUCCGGAGUACAACCCCUGGAGACUAAACUCCAGAGGUAAAGUACAGAUCUCUGCUUCUCGGGCUGCAGAAUCAGCUUUGUCAGCUGGGAGGCUUGUUAGAAAUACUCAAACAUCUCUAUUGCUGGGCCCAGGCAAGGAAUAGGGACAGAUGUCUGGCAGAGCUGAAUGUAGGUUAUACACUUGUGCAGCUUAGCAUCUAAAUGCUUUCUGCUGCCAGUGCAAGAAACUGCAUUUAAAUGAUGGCACAAAUUGGUGCCUUGAAAAUUGGAGGCUAGGUGGAACUGUUCAUGAAAUCAUCCACAUUAUUAGCAUAUGAUCUUCAUAAUACCCUCUGCAACCAUUUCCUGAAAUUCCCACUGAGGUCAAACUCAAAGGAAUCUAAACCUUAGGCAAAAAAUAUUUGAGUAAGAUUGUGCAGGGGUUAUAUAGACCUAGGAGAAAAUGAGGAACCAGUCUUGUCUUGACCUCUAGUCAGACUCAUAUUUCUAUUGUAAUAAAAUUAUAUCAAUUGUGGAAUGCAUCAAAAACUUCAGAAAAGACACAUGGGCAAAGAUGAUGUUUUUACUAUAAAGAAUUUUGAUUUUAUAUGACUGAGCUACAUCUAUUAAUAGAACAGGGCCCACUUUUAAGUAGUAAAGUUUAAAUUUAUUUUUUUCUGAAUUCUGAAUAUUUUAUUAUACUAUAAAUGUGAACAAAAAAUUUUAUGAAGUUUAGAUUUUUUUUCAUUAGGGAAAAUUCAACUCAGUUGCUUUAUAUCUCCAGUCACAGAACAGAGGCUUUGCUCUUUUGAUGGGAAAUACUUCAGGCAUCUUAAUAGAAGUGGUGUACAUUUUUUUUUUGUUGCUCUUGAAAAGGCACUUCACUUUCCCAACAAAGAUUUUUAUGGGGUAUUGUUGAAUGUAUAUUAAAUACACAUUCCUUUUUGUAUAUUUUGUACCAUUGCACACUUAUUAUUGUACAUUGUAUUUGUCGUCAUGAUGUCAUUUAUAUAUGGUUGUCAAAGAUGAUAUGCUCAUGGAGUAAAUGGUAAUGGCUUUGGGAUUUCACUUCUUGGAUCUUUUAUGAAGAGGGUUUUUAUGUUGUUGAUUUUUAUUCAAUUAGUGUGCUGUAGCAUCAAAGAUAUAUAUAUGAUGGGCAUUCAUAAAAUAAAGUGAAAAUAUAUUUGAAAUUUUGGACUUGAGAUGUUUGGGUAGGACUACAGCUUUUCUGAACAUUACAACGCUGCAGUGGUGGCAGAACUGUAGAACUUCUCACUGUCAUCAAGUUGCAUCUGUGUACAUCUGUUUUUAUUUUUUUUCUUCUCUCUUCAUACGUUUUCCAUGCCAUGAUUGCAAUUCAUUCUC